GCACAGCGGGUUUUCACUGUCCGCGGCGGGAUCUGCACCUCCGGUGACUGCCGACAGAUCAGCAUCGUCGCCGUCCUGGAGCCCUCCCCCCGCGUCGUCGUCAUCCUCUUCGAUGUCCCGCACACGCCGCGGGAGCCACCGUCACAGACGGUGUAUUCGGCGGGCGCCUCCGAGCUGUCCUGCCGGUGACCGUCGGCGACCGCCGAUAGAUCCCCAUCGUCGUCCUACACUCCUACUAGAGCGCUGUCCUCUUCCUCCCGGGUACUCGCGCGUUGUCCCCCUUAGACCCGCCGCCUACCCGCUGACGCCAUGACUGUGACCUCGCCUUGAAGUUGUUGAGCCGUUGGGAUCCCACACAAUCGCCGGAGCUUCUUUGUGGAUGCGGAUUUCCAGCAGUUUGCCGCACCGCUCUGACACCAAGGAACCCCAUGCGGAAGUUCCUUAGUUGCGAUGUAUGUAGGUUAUGGAUAUGGGAGGAUCUCUUGAAUAAAUAUGCAGGUGAUGUGGUGGAUUAUUUGCAACUCGAACGUUCUAAAUCCAGGGAUGUACCAAUUCUGCUUUGUGGAUGCGGCCGUCAUGUCCACCCCUAUACUGUGCAAGAUACGUCGUCCUCCAAGCAGGGAGUUGUAUCACGGAGUUGGUUCCAUUGCCAGAUUUGUAACCUAAUGAUUCCGGAGGACACGCUAUCGCAGUACAUAGAAGGCAUCAUUUUUUACUGCCAAUCAUCUACCGUGGACGCCCUGAAAGCCCAGCUUCAGAGGUGCCAGGAGGUAAUUUCUGGGAAGGACAAGGAACUUGGCAGGAUGGAGGCAGAGCUGAUGAAGUUGCAAGCAUCUUUUGGUGAAGAACAACUACCCCAAGAUCAAGGAAGGGGAGAGCAGUUGGUAAUUAGGCGCAGCGUUCGGAAGAUUAUCAUGUUUAUCAUAGGCGUAGCUAUCAUUGCUAAUAUGCUGGCAGCUAAUUUUAAUAGGUAAAGUGGCAAAUGUUAUUUGCCUACAUGCCAAGUGGAGUUUGCUGCAAGUAGUCUAGAUGCUCAAUUGCUGCAAGUAGUCUAGAUGCUCAAUUUGCAUUUUUAGCAGGUAAGUAGUAGUUGACCGUGAUCUUAGUAUGUAAGUAGUAGUUCAGGUGUAUCAUGUGCCCAUGCGCCGGUGUCCAUGUGCGUUGCUCGAGCUUGGGAGUUUGGUUACACCCCCAAGUUCCAAGAAUUAUUCAACGGGCCAUUGUGCCUAUUUUUGUUGUAACAGUGGUAUGAUUACUCUGUUAGAGACAAUUUAACAUAGAUCUGAGUUAUUUAUGUCUU